GCACACCCAGGUUCAGAGAAAAACAAACACAUCUCUUGCCACCCACACACAUAACUUUUGGCCAGUGGCUCAGAAGAAAAUGGCUGGUGUCGGUCAUUGUGGGAUCUGUAUUGUGUUUGCCAGGAACUCAAUCGGGAUGCUUAUGAUUUAUGAUUUCUCUAUAUGAUUUGGUUUAGGAGCAUCUGUACUCCUUUGGCCAUACAGAGGUCUUCCCAUAACUAAGAUGGCCACCUUUGACGACAACCUGUCCAACCAAACCAAUUCCAGUGCCUACUACUGUAAAUUCAAUGAAGAUUUCAAAUAUAUCCUGCUCCCUGUCAGCUAUGCCCUGGUCUUUGUGAUCGGCCUGGCCCUGAACAGCACGGCGCUGUAUGUGAUUGUGUUCCGCACAAAGCGCUGGAAGCCAUCCACCAUCUACAUGUUCAACCUGACAAUGUGUGACACGCUCUACAUCUUCACUCUGCCCUUCCUCGUCUAUUACUACGCCGACCAGAACGACUGGCCCUUCAGUGAACCGUUCUGCAAAGUGAUACGCUUCCUGUUUUAUGCCAAUUUAUACGGUUCCAUACUGUUCCUGUGCUGCAUCAGUCUGCAUCGCUUCAUUGGCAUCUGUUAUCCAGUCCACUCCCUCUACUGGGUCAGCGCUCGUCGGGCCAAGCUGGUGUCGGUGGCCGUGUGGGCCUUCGUUCUACUCUGCCAGGCACCUGUUCUCUACUUCUCAAGAAUAAGGGAUAGGGACACCGAGCGGAUCUGCUACGACACCACCAGCCCGGAGCUCUUUGACGACUUCCUGGUCUACAGCUCGGUCGUGUCAGUGCUCAUGUUCGCCCUGCCCUUCAUGGUGGUGAUGGUGUGCUACGGCCUCAUGGUGCGGAAGCUUCUGGAGCCGAGCUGGGGGUCUCAAGGGGGGGAUGAAGGGGAGCGGGGAGGCCUGGCCGCCCAGCGAUCCAAGCAGAAGUCGGUGAAGAUGAUUAUCAUCGUGCUGGCUAUGUUCAUGCUCUGCUUCCUCCCUUUCCACCUCACCAGGAGCCUUUACUACUCGUUCAGAUACCUGAGGCAGGCCAAUCCAGCACAGCUCAGCUGUAAUUUACUGGAGGCGUCCAGUAUCGCGUACAAGGUCACCCGACCUUUGGCCAGUGCCAACAGCUGUGUGGACCCCAUCCUUUACUUCCUGGCUGGGCAGGACGUCCGCAGUAACCUCACGAAGAGAAUCAAGGCCUCUUCAUCGAAAUAUCCGAACGCGAGCCAGUGCUCGACAUCACAACUCUGAUACAACACUUGAAACCAUCUUGGUAAAAAUGGGAAAAGUUACAGGGGACUGUACUUACAGUAUUGCCAGGCUCCUCUGGUAGUUGUGACACCUUGUGCACUUUUCCACCAAAAAGGCCAAUUGUCUGUCUAGCAAGCACCGGACUUCCAGAAAUGUUUUUCCUGCAUGUAAUUUAACAUUACAUAUUGUUCUUUAAGCAACUGUAAGAGUUUUUCUAGAGUUUUUUCUUCAAAUGUUUAAAUUAUAUAGACACAGACACGUACUUCUUUACUUUGAAAAAACAAAACUUUAUAUCACACCCCACUGCAUAAAAGAACGAUCGAUUCGAUCACACUGCAUUUACAAUGAAUUUCUGAAUUAACCAGAAGAAAAUGUAUGCUCAGGUUUUUUACCAGAUGUAAAACAUGAAUGAUACAGUUAUGUCAACGAAAGGUUCAAUGAAUAAAUGUCUAAAUCAUGUCUUGCAUUCCUGACAUGACACCUCUUGA